AUGAUCAAGAAGGAGGAGAAGGGUGUGAAACCUAUUUUAGUCAACAUUGCCUUGGCUUUUGGUUUUUCUUUUGCUGGAUUUCUCUGCUCACGCCUCAGAAUCUAUCAAGGUCACGAAGCAUGCACCGACGAAUUGAGUAGCAGUAAACAAAAUGGUGAUAGAGAUAUGUUCCUUCUACCUGAAUUUGACGACCUCGUUAAGGAGGUAGAGUUUGAAGUAGAGGCGCAUGCAGGUCUUGAACAAGAGAUACAUCAACUCAAGAACAUGGUUAGAAUGCUUCAGGACAAGGAACAAAAUCUCGAGGUUCAACUACUUGAGUACUAUGGUCUUAAAGAGCAAGAAACGGUGGUGAUGGAACUCGAAAAUAGAUUGAAGAUAAGUAAUAUGCAGGUAGAGAUGUUCAAUCUGAAGGCUCAAAACUUACAGUCUGAGAAUCACAGAUUAAGGGAACAUGUUGCGGAUCAUGCAAAAGUGCUGGCUGAGCUUGACGCAGCAAAAGCAAAAAUCGAGCUGCUCGAUAAGGAUAUUAGGCGUGAAGCUGAACAGAAUAAAGAGCAAAGAGUAGCCAAGUUGCAAGACCAAGAGUGUAAAGACGCUGCUUGUGAUCAGGACACUAAAAUUAAGCUGCAAAAGAUAGAGGCGCUUGAGUCUGAAGUCCAAGACUUGAGGAAAUCUAAUUCAAGAUUGCAGAUAGAGAAUUCUGGCUUAACUAGAAGAUUCGAUUCCACGCAGGUCCUUGCUAAUGACGCGAAUCAAGAAAGGGAGCGUCUUAGAAAAGAAAAUGAGGACUUGAUGAAGCAAAUUGAGCAACUAAAAUCUGAUCGACGUUCAGAUGCUGAAGAAUUAGUGUACGUGUGGGGGUUAAAUGCUCGUUUACGACACGAGCUGCAGAAUCAUCAGCCUCUACACAAUAAAACAGUUGCAAAGGACUCUGAGAUUGAAGCCAAGAAACUAAUACUUGAAUGUGCUGAUACUAACAAACUAGGGAGUACUACGGAUUUUGAUUUAAAUCAACGGUCCUCCUCGCAAUCUUCUUCUAUUACUGACUCUGGAGAGUAUGAUCAUUUUUCUUCCAAAACUAACACCACAAGUCAGAACAAGUUUUUUAGCAAGCUUAGAAGAUUGAUAUUAGGAAAGGAUAGACAUCAUCGUCGUAUUGAGGUUUCAUCUAGAUAUCAAGAAAACAGCAAUUCUCAACGGCGGAGUACAUCAACCGACACUGACGGCAUAGCUUCCUUUGAUAGGAGAUAUUCAAGUUUUGACGGAGAAGGUUCCUUCUCCGACUUUUUAGGCUUAGAGAAAUCUGAUUUGGAGAAAUAUGCAGAAGCUCUAGAAGAUUCUAGUGCGAAUGAUAAACAUCAAAGACGAGGAAGAUCAACAUCAUAUAGUUAG